GGCCCCGCCCCCGCAGAGGGGAGCGAGCGCUCGCGGGCCGGGGCGGAGGGUUCGGCUGCGCGGCGGGGCUGAGGCGGCCGCGGGGCCCGAGCGCAGGGAGUGGAGCUUGGUUUCGGGAUCUCGGUGCUGCAGACGGCGAGACCUCCUGCACAGGGUGUACAGCAAGCCGUGAUUCCUGGGAAAACUAAAAAAGCUCUCUGGACAACGGGGCCCAGAGCUGAUGGCAGACAAUGUCAGCCACUAACAACAUAGCCCAGGCCCGGAAGCUGGUGGAACAGCUACGCAUAGAAGCCGGGAUUGAGCGCAUCAAGGUCUCUAAAGCGGCGUCUGACCUCAUGAGCUACUGUGAGCAACACGCCCGGAACGACCCCCUGCUGGUCGGAGUCCCUGCCUCCGAGAACCCCUUUAAGGACAAGAAACCUUGUAUUAUUUUAUAACUGUGUUCUCAUAUGUUCUCUCUCUCUCUCUCUCUCUCUCUCUCUGUCUCUGGCAGGGCAUCAUUCAGUAAUUAGCUCAAACAAAACAUCUCAAGUCCCCAAAACCUUUAAUUCCAAAAGAAAUCCCCCCUCUCCCCGCCAAAAAAGGCGUUCCCACCGCCCAGAUGGGGUAGAAUGGACCUUGUAGGUGGAGAUGGAUUUUCAGGUCCGACCCCAUGGCCCUCUCAGUUUGGGCCAAAAGGGAUGGAGGCUUUACGGCCACUUCCCGUUCGGAAUAACUGAAAUCCCCCAGAGAUGGGGUAACAAUUUUUUAAAACUCUCGAUUGCCGUUUCAAUUGUGGACCGGCGCCAAGGGGGAAAGGGAGGUGACUUCGCCUGGUGGCAAUAGUUCCCGCAGAAUUGGCCAUUGGUAAAAAGACUUCAUAGGGUCACUGGAAUGCUUUGUGUUGUUUUUAAGUAGAGGUAAAAUUGAGAUGGGGGGCGGGAGGUGACAUCAUGAAGUUUUUUGGAAAUAUCUCUUUAUUUAAAAAAUUGUUACUCCAUACGGCUAAACUCGGAUUGUGAUGGUUGAACCCGUCGCUAAACUGCACGAUCCUGCAAUGAAUGCACGAUGGAGUGUGGGGGUCGGGAGGGGGCUUCGUCUAUGAAAAGUUGCCAAGUGUGACUCCCCUGCAUGAUGUUAGCCAUGGGUCCUUUCUGCAGGGUCCCCUCUGUGCCAGAAAUGGGUUUUCGGGACUUGCCCCAGGGAAGCCGUCACCGGCCCGGCCCAACAUGUUUUUGGAUUUUUUUUUUUUCUUUUUUUGAGAUGGAGUUUCAUUCUCGUUACCCAGGCUGGAGUGCAGCUGCAUGAUUUCAGCUCACCGCAACCUCCGCCUCCCCGGUUCAAGCGAUUCUCCUGCCUCAGCCUCCCGAGUAGCUGAGACUACAGGCGUGUGCCACUACGCCCGGCUAAUUGUUGUAUUUUUAGUAGAGACGGGGUUUCACCGUAUUGGCCAGGCCGCUCUCAAACUCCUGACCUCGGGAUCCGCCCACCUCGGCCUCCCAAAGUGCUGGGAUUACAGGCGUGGGCCACCGCGCCCAGUGUGUUUUAAGCAUGAGGCAUCCGCAUGGCUGGGAGAGGCUUUGACCAUCCUUGGCUCUUCCAGGUUGUCCUACCCUCUGACAUCCACCAUAGACGUUUUUCAAACAGAAAAUGCAGGCUGGGGAGCCGCGGCAGGGCGGGUGGGGCUACCCUGUGCUGCUGUGUGUACAAAAUUGUUCCAUGAUCUUGGAGUGACUCUGAAGGACUCUGGGAGGUGAGACGUUGUCCCGGAGAUCAAAACGUCCGCUCAAAACGUUACCCUGUCGCUCGAACCCGAUCUUUUUGCUUUUCCACCCCCCGUGCAACCCAGGACGGCUGUCUGAGGCCGGGAGAUGCCUUAGAUGCAGGAUGGGCCACUCCUCCCAGCGGCAAGUGGAAAUCGAAGAUGUCAUGGGGUCGGGGGGAGGCUUCUGAAAGAUGACUGCGUCCUCCUCUGCGGCACGGACGGGAUCAGGUGCAGCCACAUCUGCCAGGGCCUGCCGGCAUCACCUGCGGCCACACCUGAGAUGGACCCCACGCAGCCCUGAUCGCAGGAGGCCUGGCCGCCCCGACCCCCUCCACGGGGCUGGCCUAGAAGCAAGUAGUAGAAUAAAACUAGCCUAGUCCUGUCCCUCCGGCCCCAGUGGAGACGGGCGCCCAAGAACCCGUGCUGAGAGGGUUCCUGGACGGCCCCCGGGUCCUCCGUGCAGGCCCGUGAGGCGGGGAUCCCUGCUUGGCUCACUUCCUGAGCUGGUGACUGCCAGGGUUCCCACCUCCCAAGGCUAGAGGGCUCCGUGUGUGUGUGCAGGUGUCGGGGGAGUGACCUCCACUCCUCAACCUCGGGCAGCUCCCACAGGCCACAGCCGGGCUCCCCACCCCCGGCACCCAGCUCUCUACGGCAGGUCCGGGAGGGCUGGGGCUUCGGGGAGCCCUCCCCGCCAAACCUGCUGUUGGCCCAGGAGAGCCCCAGAGGCUCCCGGAGACUGCAGCCUCCUGUGGUUGGGCUGGGAGCCGGCGGGGUUUGGGGUGUGGGCGUCCCCACCACGCAUAGCAGGAAUGGCAGGAAGGGACAAAAGCCUAUUCCAGAGACCCUGGGAGGACCCCAGGCAGGGAGAGCCCGCCUGCCUCCACCCUUUCCAACGAGCCAUCUUGGUAACUGGGAACAAACACACCCCACCCCGUUUUUCGUUAAAAGAGGCCUUAAUCCCCGAGCCCCCGCUGCCAGGGCAGAGGGAGGAGGGGGCACAGCUGUGCCAAGCCCGGCCCCACUGGUGUGUCCUCACAAUGUGACCCCAGAAAUGCCAGCAGGGAACGGAGGCUGCUGCAGAGACGCAGCCCCAGGCAGCCGGGGCUCCUAGGCUGGUGCAGAUGGUGGGGUUAAACGGGCUGAGCGUUCCAGGUAAACUGAGGCUCGGGGAGGGGAAGGACAGGCUGGCCUCUCCUUCACUGUCCACAGGGCCUUGGGUUCCCUGAGCUGUCCAGACCCCACCAUCUCCCGGACCCCAGGGAGGCAGCCAUUGCCAGAAGCCUGUGGGUUUCUUUCUAGCUUGGGGGAUUAAAAAAAAAAUUCUCCACUUUUUUUUUUCUUGAGUAGACUUCAGUGACCACACUGUGGAAAAUACCUUUGCAGACGUGGCACCCGAGUGCACACACCGACCGCCACAUGUGCUUUUCUGCUGGGAAUCCCUGGGGUGAACGCAUGUUUUAUGGGCGUUUCCAGGAGCGCGCGUGCACCUCCUGACGGGGAGCUGGCGGGCAGGGGUGGCAGCAGCAGCUCUAGCCUUGGGGGGACAAGCCUCUCUCAGCCACGCCAGGGGAAAAGAGAGUUAAGGACACUCACCCCCACCCACGCACACACACAAGGCAGCGUCGGGUGGGAGAGAGAAGGCCGUUUCUCCUUCUGUAGCCUGGGUCUCCCACGGGCCUUCCCCGGUGCUGAGCGAGACACCAGUUGCCGGGUGAAGGGCCACAGCGGGCCAGGCCCCGACCCUGUCGUGACCCACCUGGGCACCUUCCCGGACCAGCUCCGCCUCCCCUGCCCUCCUCUCUCCAGGAAGGAGCCAGAACCCUCACCCCUCUCCCACCCUCCCCAGGGGUAACCCCAGGCCAAGCACAGAUAGCUCAGCUGCGACCUCUGGCCUCUGGGGACAUAAACGGGGCAGCUGGGCCAGGGCGGAAGGUGCUCCUGUUUCCCUCCUUCUGCGUGGUCCCUUUGACGGGCCGGCCACCGUGUCCGAGGCGCAACGCUAGGCCUCCAGGCCACGCAUCCAUCUCCAAGUUAACAGCCCCUGUCCUGCCCAAGUUCUGGGGCAGGUAGGAGAGGGCCGUCACACACCUGUCCGCCCGUGAGUGACCCGGGGGGGCUUCCGGGUGGAGGUGGCGCCACCACGCCCUUCAUCAAGGGGUCACUUAUUAAAAAGUCCACAGCCUGAGGCCGGGCCCUCUGCACAGAAGCCAUAUGCCGGCCAGCCGCGCCUCCUCCUCUGUCCACGGAACCGUUGCCUAUCUAACCUUUGUAAAGACCUGUCUCCUGUUUCCAGCCGCCGCCUGUGGUUCUAGCAGGUUCUAUGCCAUCUGCAUUGGGAUGUCUGGUUGUUUUUAUUUCUGACUUUUUUAAAAUUCCAGGUGUGCCGCACCCACUUUCUCGCAGUGUUUUAAUAUUGUGUGGAGUUGUCGAUACCACGUGAAUUCAUACACAAUAAAAAGCCUCACUCUCCCUUUU